UAGUACAUUCGACAUGCCCACUUUUUUGGGUCGAGGACCAGCUGGGUGACCCAUUAUUCUUACGCUCAGUAAUGCCCUUAGCCCAGUUCCAGGAACAGGGUCGCCUCUCAGUUAUAUUUUAAAUGAUCGCGCUCCUCCCGCUCAGUUCAUGUCUGCUCCCGUACGCCACGCACCUACCACUACACUGUCCUCGGUAGAACAUCGUCUUGCCUCCCCAGUGUCGAGCGGCGCUUCCCCGGUUUGUUGUGAGAAAGCAUCUGGUACAUAUACCGGACAGCGGGACUGGCAUUCUUCUAGCAAUACCGUCUGGGGACCGGUUGGGCUGAAUCAUUUGUCGGCUAUGCCAACAAAUACAGGCGGAUUUUUAGGCAUGGAGAUCAACGGAAUGAUGAUUUUGUGCAAGGUUUGCGGCGACAAGGCGUCAGGCUUCCAUUAUGGAGUACACGCCUGCGAGGGUUGUAAGGGCUUUUUCCGGAGGAGCAUUCAACAGAAGAUCCAAUACAAACAGUGCACGAAGAACGAGAAGUGCUCCAUCAUGAGAGUGAACCGGAACCGCUGUCAGCACUGCCGCCUCAAGAAAUGCCUGGCCGUGGGGAUGUCUCGCGACGCGGUGAGAUUCGGGCGGGUGCCGAAGCGAGAGAAAGCCCGGCUCCUGGCCGAGCUGCAGAACCUGAAGAACCAGACGGAGAGCGAGCUGAAAGUCACGUCCUCGGAGGAAGCGGAGGUGGACGAGGUUGCCAUGGUGAUCGCCAAGGCCCACCACCAGACCUGCAGCUACACCAGGGAGAAGCUGGCGGCCAUGAAGACCAUCCAACCAAUCGUGGCACAGAAUCUUCCCAACCUGCACAUGAGCAUGGUUUGCCCGCUGAACCCAUUCCCGAUCGGUGCUCUGGAGGGAGCCAACAAGAUGUGGGAGGAGUUCUCAGAGAGGUUCACUCCAGCCAUCAAGGAGGUGGUCGAGUUCGCCAAGCGUAUUCCAGGAUUCCAACAACUCAACCAGACCGACCAAAUCACCCUACUGAAGGCUGGCUGCUUCGAGGUCUUGUUAGUGCGGCUGUGUCCGAUGUUCGACUGUAAGAGCGACAUGAUGACGUUUGUGAACGGCGUGCGGAUCCAGCGCAGCCAGCUCCUGCAGAUGGGCUGCGGAGAACUCAUCAACUCCAUGUUCGACUUCGCCGAGAAACUGAACGUCCUGAACCUCAUGGAGUGCGAGAUCGCUCUCUUCACAGCGGUGGUUCUCGUGGCAGCAGAUCGUCAGGGUGUGAAGGAUGUGGAGGCGGUGGAGAGACUUCAGGAGAGGCUGAUCCGCGCUCUCCGCGCCAUGGUCGCCAAGAACCACCCGGAGGAGCUCGCGCUCUUCGCCAAACUGCUCAUGAAGCUGCCCGACCUCCGCACCCUCAACACGCUCCACUCCGAGAAGCUCCUCGCCUUCAAGAUGGACGCCCAGAACGACGCCCAGGGGAAGCAGACGUGUCCCAUGAACCUCAGCAAGGCUGCGGCCGCGUCACCGCAGGUCCCGUCGCCCACGGCGCAUGCCGAGCUCUCGCCGCUGCAGAUCGCCCUCGGGCACCACCGCUGCCCGCAGAGGAAGUAUGAGAGGGAGUACGGCACGGCGCCGCACGCCGUGAAGGACGGGCACGAGGUCCGCGUCCCCAUGGAGGUCGUGAAUGGCCAGCUGACGGUGGGGAGAAGUUACGAGCAGGGGCAGGGCUACAUCAACACCAUGGGGGGUCCCGUCCUCCUCCGGGGGAGCCCAGCCUGCACCCUCCCCACCGUCAUGCCUGCCCACCUCAACCCCUUCGCAAGGUUCCACAUGCCAGACAACGUCCUCGUAGGGAACAUGAGAAGCAAUAUCCCCCUGUACAGCUACCCCCCUAAACCCGACAGCCUCCCCCUCUCCCCCUCAUCCUCCCGUGGCUCCUCCUCCCCUGACUCCCAAACCUCCACCCCCCCCACCAUGUACCACCUCCCCCCUGGCAUCCGUAUAAAGCAGGAAAGGAUGGAUUCCGAGUCAGACUCCUGCGAGGGACAGAGAUAGGUGAAACAUCCCCCCCCCUGGGAAAUAUUUUUCACAUACCGAGUAUGAUAAGAAAAGUGCUAAUUUAUAUCAUCUUGUGAAUAGCUUCUUGUAAUUAAUGUUGAUUGCUAUAUGUCUGUAAGAUGGGAUAAGACAAUAAUAAUAAUAAUGGAAACAUUUCGUGUAAAAGUAUGACACAAAGCUAGUGAAAGCUGUCACUGACACAGGGUAAAAGCCUCACAUGGAAGAACUGAAAACACAUGUUGAAUUCUAUCAUGGACUUUAGUGAAAACAUGACUACUAGUCCUCACCUUUGCUGGCAGGGGUGGCAAUACACACAGCAUUCUUCCUUCAACCAUAUCUUACUUACAAGAAUGUUUUGUUCCAAGACAAGUUGUUUUCUCUUAAACAUCUGCCAAAACAUACCUCAAGAAUUGUAAUAUUUUAAGUCAAAGCAACUGCAGGGAUGAUUUUCUUCAAUAUGUUCUCACCAAGAUUAGAAGGAACCACAGCAUUCUGUUGGGUGUAUCCAGAUUUUUUGUGGUAGUCCUUCCCAAAUGUGUAUCACACAAUUGUUGACUUUGUUAGGAAAACGCUGCCUCUACCCAUGGAAUGCAGUAAUACAGUUAGAGCACCUUAACUUCACUGUAUGGAUGACAACUUCAGGAGAUCUUGAAUACUGAAAUAUCAGGUUUUUUUAAAGAUUGAAGAGAUAAAAAAUGCAACAAGAAUCAGGCAGGGAACACAUUGUUAAAGAGCCAACCAGUAAGAUACUUUUGUACUUGGAAAAAAGAAAGUUCGUUGAUUAUACUAGGCUUUCCAUCCAUAGUUAUCUCCACACUGAUAGAACUAACAGAUUUUCCUAUAGCCGGUAUAACCACAAUUGUU